GAAAUAAUGAAAAUUGAAUAGAGUUUUUGAGUUUUUAAUUAGCAACAAAUUUCUUUUGGGUUUUUGAUAUGAUAGGUGAUUGGAACGGGCGGAAGCUACUGGAUAGAUAGGCGGUGCGUUUCGAAGCAAAAGGCUUUAAUAGCAUUGCGAUUUUUUUAUGAACGAAGAUUCUGGAAAUUACGAAAAGACCAUGAAAGCUUCCCGCUUCGUCUAGUACAUUCUGGAUGCUGUCGUGUCGGCCAGAUGCGUCUCAUCUCCCCUCUCCUUAAAACUCACUCUCCCGCACUCCCAAGCUCCAUUCAGACAAGAACACAGAAUCGGCUCUGUUUUUGCUAAACCGAAACAAAAGAAAGCAAAGCAAUCAAGCACAUAGAAGAUCAAAGUUGCCAAAAGCCAUUCCACAAUACCCACCAUUGUCAUAGAAAGUCGCAGCUUCAGCUUCCAUCUUACAAGCACAAGUGUUUCUUGCGUAUCAAUUAACUGGUGAAGGAAAUGAACCCUGACAAGUUCACCCGCAAGACCAAUGAGUCUCUUUCCGGGGCUCAUGAGCUGGCUACGGAUGCUGGCCAUGCGCAAUUCACUCCACUCCACCUUGCGUCCGCGUUGAUUUCUGACCCAGAUGGCAUUUUCAAGCAAGCAAUUGCCAACGCUAGUGGCAAUGCAGAGGCUCCACGGGCCGUGGAGAGAGUGUUCAAUCAGGCGCUCAAGAAGCUUCCAUCUCAGUCCCCUCCCCCGGAAGAAAUCCCAGCCAGCACGACUCUCAUCAAAGUGAUUCGAAGGGCUCAGGCGGCGCAGAAGGCAAAAGGGGACACUCACUUGGCUGUUGAUCAGUUGAUUAUUGGGCUUCUUGAGGAUUCCCAGAUUGGGGAUUUGUUGAAAGAAGCUGGCAUUGCCCCGGCCAGAGUGAAAUCGGAAGUCGAAAAGCUUCGUGGGGAGGGGAAGAAGGUGGACAAUGCCCAUGGGGACACCACUUUUCAGGCAUUGAAGACUUAUGGACGAGAUCUUGUUGAGGAGGCCGAGAAGCUUGACCCGGUUAUUGGCCGAGAUGAGGAGAUAAGGAGGGUGGUUCGGAUUCUCUCAAGGAGGACUAAGAACAACCCAGUUCUAAUUGGAGAGCCAGGAGUUGGAAAAACUGCUGUGGUUGAAGGCUUGGCUCAGAGGAUACUGAGAGGAGACGUUCCUAGUAAUCUAGCGGAUGUGAGGCUCAUAGCAUUGGACAUGGGUGCUUUGGUGGCGGGGGCAAAGUAUAGAGGAGAGUUUGAGGAGAGGUUGAAGGCUGUUUUGAAGGAAGUGGAAGAGGCUGAGGGGAAGGUGAUUCUGUUCAUUGAUGAAAUUCACCUUGUUCUUGGUGCUGGUAGAACAGAGGGGUCGAUGGAUGCGGCCAACCUCUUAAAGCCAAUGCUUGCUAGAGGUCAGCUCAGGUGCAUUGGUGCAACAACUCUUGAGGAGUACAGAAAAUAUGUGGAGAAGGAUGCUGCAUUUGAGAGAAGGUUCCAACAGGUUUAUGUGGCUGAGCCUAGCGUUCCAGACACAAUUAGUAUCCUUCGAGGGUUAAAAGAGAGAUAUGAAGGUCACCAUGGUGUGCGAAUUCUGGACAGAGCUCUGGUUGUUGCUGCACAGCUUUCAAGUCGAUACAUCACCGGGCGCCAACUCCCUGACAAGGCAAUUGAUCUAGUUGACGAAGCCUGUGCAAAUGUGAGAGUCCAGCUUGAUAGUCAACCUGAAGAAAUUGAUAACCUCGAAAGAAAGAGAAUGCAGCUGGAAGUUGAGCUUCAUGCACUUGAGAAAGAAAAGGACAAGGCUAGCAAAGCUCGUCUGGUUGAAGUGCGAAAAGAGCUUGAUGACUUGAGAGACAAGCUUCAGCCCCUGAUGAUGAAGUAUAGAAAGGAGAAGGAAAGGAUUGACGAGCUUCGAAGGCUUAAGCAAAAGCGCGAAGAGCUCUUAAUCGCUUUAGCAGAGGCUGAAAGAAGAUAUGAUUUAGCCAGGGUUGCUGACUUGCGGUAUGGGGCUAUUCAGGAUGUGGAAUCUUCUAUUGCAAAACUUGAAGGUAGUACCGAUGAAAAUCUGAUACUGACAGAGACGGUUGGACCGGACCAAAUUGCAGAGGUUGUAAGUCGCUGGACAGGCAUACCUGUCACAAGGCUUGGCCAGAAUGAGAAAGAUAGGUUAAUUGGGCUUGCUGAGAGGUUGCAUAGGAGAGUAGUGGGGCAAAACCAGGCAGUUGAUGCUGUUGCAGAGGCUGUUUUGAGGUCAAGAGCUGGCCUAGGAAGACCCCAACAGCCAACUGGUUCAUUCCUUUUCUUGGGUCCAACUGGGGUCGGUAAAACUGAGCUUGCAAAGGCUCUUGCUGAGCAACUCUUUGAUGAUGAAAAUCUGAUUGUGAGAAUUGACAUGUCUGAGUACAUGGAGCAGCACUCUGUUUCACGCUUAAUUGGUGCUCCACCUGGGUAUGUUGGUCAUGAGGAAGGUGGGCAACUCACAGAGGCCGUGAGGCGGAGGCCUUACAGUGUCUUAUUGUUUGAUGAAGUGGAGAAAGCACACACAGCUGUUUUCAAUACUCUCUUGCAAGUGUUGGAUGACGGAAGGUUAACUGAUGGCCAAGGUCGUACUGUCGACUUCAGGAAUACGGUGAUUAUUAUGACUUCAAACCUGGGAGCAGAGCAUCUCUUAUCUGGUUUAAUGGGCAACUGUACAAUGCAAGAUGCUCGUGAUCGAGUUAUGCAAGAGGUGAAAAGGCACUUUAGGCCUGAGUUGCUGAAUCGGCUUGAUGAGAUUGUUGUGUUCGAUCCUCUUUCACGUGACCAACUGAGGAAGGUUGCUAGGUUGCAAAUGAAGGAUGUUGCAGUCAGACUGGCUGAGAGGGGAAUUGCUUUGGCAGUGACUGAUGCAGCAUUGGAUUAUAUUCUGGAUGAGAGUUAUGAUCCAGUUUAUGGUGCUAGACCAAUCAGGAGAUGGCUUGAGAAGAGGGUGGUGACAGAGUUGUCAAGAAUGCUGGUGAGAGAAGAGAUUGAUGAGAACUCAACUGUGUAUAUAGAUGCAGGGCCAACAGGAAGCGGGUUGGUGUAUCGGGUUGAGAAGAAUGGAGGGCUUGUUAAUGCUGUCACGGGCCAAAAGUCAGAUGUAUUGAUCCAACUUCCCAACGGGCCAAGGUCUGAUGCUGAUCAUGCAGUUAAGAGGAUAAAGAUUCAGGAAAUGGAUGAGGAUCAUGACAUGGAUGAGUAGACUUCUUUUUGUCUUUUAACUUUUGACAAAAGG